GGCGGUUUUUAGAACUGUCCACGUGGAGUGUGGCGCUGGGAGCCCGGGCUGGUGCCAAGACUUUUACUUGUCUGGAGCGCGGGUGGCCGUGGGUCAAGAGUGAACUGUGCUGAUGAAAAAUAAUUGUUCAGUAGCUGAAAAUGAUUGAAGUUUUCAUACUUAAGGUUGAAGAUCCUGGAUGCUUCUGGGUUAUUAUAAAAGGAUGCGAUACCUUUUUGGAUCAUGAAAUGGAAUAUCAAAAGUUAAAUAUUGAAAUGAAUGCUUUCUAUAAUAGUGUAUAUAAAGAUGUAGAAAAAGUAAAACCGUUACUCUUAGAAGAAGGACAGGCUUGUGUGGUUUAUUGUCAGGAACUGAAGUGCUGGUGUAGGGCAGUUAUUAAGUCAAUCAUGUCCUCUGCAGACCAUUAUUUGGCAGAAUGCUUCCUGGUGGAUUUUGCCAAAUAUAUUCCUGUAAAAUCAAAAAACAUCCGAGUUGCAGUAGAAGCUUUCAUGCAACUUCCUUACAGAGCGAAAAAGUUUAGACUAUAUUGCACAAAACCAGUCACGUUACAUAUUGACUUCUGUGAAGAUAAUGCAGAAAUUGUACCUGCUAGGAAAUGGGAUAGUGCUGCUAUUCAAUACUUUCAGAAUAUUCUAAAAGCAACUACACAGAUUGAAGCGAAAUUAUGUGGUAUGGAAGAAGAUGUUUUUGAUGUUUACCUUUAUGUGACUAUAAAAAAUGAAAAGGUAUGUGUUAAUGAUGAUCUGGUUGCAAAGAACUUUGCUUGUUAUGUAACACCCAAGGAAAAGAAAAUUGAUUGUCCAGAGAAAGUUAUACCAAAGAGUUUGGAGUCCCCACCAGAUAAAAUCAAUCCUGCACUUGCUCUUUGGCCAAUGUUGUUGCAAGAAAAGAUUCCUGAAAAACUUGAAAAAGGUGUGAUUUUGCAUCGUAAUGGACUUUCAUUAGAUUUAUCCUCUAAAAAAAUAAGUGAGAAGAUAGAGAAGAUAUAUGAAGAAAAGGAGUAUAUCUCUUUAAAAGAAAUAAAUAAAAUCACUGUUGCAACUUCAGCAUAUUGUCCUAGAAAAGGAAGCAUAACUAUUUAUGCUGAGCCAGAUGUACAAGCAGAAAGUUCAUCUCAGAAGUUAAAUGAAAAACAAUUCAAAUUGACAUCAAAGAAGAAAUAUGAUGAAAAAAAUGGCUGUGUGAAGUUGCUACAGUUUUUAAAUCCUGAUCCUUUGAAAACUGAUGGCAUCUAUGACAUACAGCAGUUGCAGAAAUCAAAGUCUAGCUUUCUGCAACCUUCUGUUGUUCUUCGAAAUAAAAUUGAACCCUGUUCAUUUGAAACUGCACCGCUUUCAAUGGAUUUAAAAAAGACACUUAGAAAGAAUAAAUUUCUGGGACCCAGUCACACUGAAUCUUAUUGCUGGCCACCAAUAGCUCGUGGAUGUGAUGUGGUUGUCAUAUCUCAUCAUGGAAAUGAUCCUCUCUUAUAUAUUCCACCUAUGCUUACAUUUUUGCAAACAGGGGGCUGCUACAAGUCAUUACCCAGUAGAAAUGGACCAUUAGCAGUAAUUGUAUGCCCUGGAUGGAAAAAAGCACAGCACAUUUUUGAACUAUUAGAAGAGUAUGGUAGAUGUUCUAGGCCUCUUCAUCCCAUGUUGUUAAUAAUUGGACUUAACAAAGAAGAAGCUCAAAAUAUGAAGUUUCAGAGGGGAUGUGAGGUGAUUAUAACAACACCCCAUAGCCUCUUGAGACUUCUGAAGUAUCAUAGCUUGUUAUUUCUUAGACUCUGUCACCUUAUUUUUGAUGAAGUUGAAGUGUUGUUCUUUGAAGCUGGUGAGCAAAUGCUUACUAUUUUAGACUAUUUCAAGAAAACUAUUCUAAUUGAAGAAAGGGAAUCUGCACCUCAUCAGAUUGUAGCUGUUGGAGCUCAUUGGAGCAAACAUAUAGAACUUUUAACCAAAGAAUUUAUGAAUGAUCCUUACAUUGUUAUAACAGCCAUGGAAGAAGCUGCUCUUUAUGGAAAUGUACAGCAGGUAGUACAACUUUGUCUAGACUGUGAAAAAACCUCAACGUUACUUCGAAUGCUUGAUUUCAGUCCAAGUCAUGCUCAGAAGACUUUGAUAUUCACGAGUUCUGUGGCUGAAGCAGAAAUAGUUUGUAAGGUAGUGGAAAGUAGUUCAAUAUUUUGCUUGAAAAUGCACACAGAAAUUGCUGCUAAUUUUAAAAAUGUAUUAGAGCAAUGGAAAAAGAAGUUAAGUCUCGGCUCUCAUAUUGUAUUAGUUUUAACUGAUGACUGCAUACCUCCUCUGGCUAUAACUGAUGCAACUUGUGUGAUUCAUUUUAGUUUUCCUGGUUCUCCAAAAAUUUUUGGAGGGCGUUUAUAUUGCAUGUCUGAUAAUUUCCAAAGUUCAAUUGAACAGGGUGCUUCUUCAGAGCAAGGAAAUAAAAAGGCAAAAUCUAUUUUACUACUGACAGAAAGAAGUGCAUGCUGUGCAGUUGGUGUAUUGCGUUACUUGGAACGAACAGAUGCUAAAAUACCUCCAGAGUUGUGUGACUUUACUGCAGGUGUUUUGGAAGCCAAGGAAGAUAAAAAACUCAGAAGGCCUCUUUGUCAUUAUCUUAAAGUUUCUGGUUUUUGCAAAGAUAAAAGGAUAUGUCCAGAUCGACAUCAUAUUAACCCAGAAAUAGACAUGCCAAGGAAAUUAUCUGACCAAAUUCUCCCAGCAGCUGGAUAUGUUAAGAUAAUACCUUUCUAUAUUGUGAAUGCAACAAACUAUUUUGGGCGCAUAGUUGAUAAACAUAAGGAUCUUUAUGCAAAUCUUAAUAUGGAAAUGAAAGAGUAUUUUAAAGAAUCAAGCAAUAAAAUGUCUGUUGAGAAAGUUGAGAAAUUUGCAUUGUAUGGACUAUAUGAAAAAGCAGUUUUUCACAGGGUUCAAGUUUUGGAAAUGAGCCAAAAAGAGGAAAAUUGUGUUUUUUUUAAUGUCCACAUAAAAUUUAUAGAUGAAGGCAGGACUAGUGAUAUUAAAAAUCAUCAGCUGCUUCAUCUACCCCAGAGAUUCCAAAAUCUACCUCCUCAAGCUGUAGAGUUUGUUGUUUGUAGAGUGAAACCUAUUGACAAUGAAAUUGAAUGGAAUCCCAAGGUUACUAGAUAUAUUCAUCAUAAAAUUAUAGGAAAACUUCAUGAGGCAAAAGUAGUACUGUCUUUGGGGAAUACAGUUUGGAUUGAUCCAAUGGUCUAUCUCACCAAGCUUUCAGAUCUGAAAACCUCUGUCAUUGAAUAUAAUGUUCGAGCUGAAAUUUUAUCAAUGGGAAUGGGUACUGAUAAUCCAGAACAUGUAGAUCAACUUAAAAAACUAUGCCAAGAAAGUAAAAUGGUAUCCCUUCAAGAGAGCACAUUCCAAACCAUAAUACCUCCUUUAACACCCAGUAGAGGGAGAGAGGAUUCAGGUGGCCUGCAAAGCUCAAUAUCUGAUGAUGACAGAAUUUCAGAAAGCAGUAUUUCCUUACAAGUGAAUACAGAAAAACAAAAGUCUGAAGUUAUAUCAGACAAUAAUGGAGAUGAUUAUGUUAAAGAAACAAUACAGCAGCAGCAUAAAAGUUUCCACCCAGAAAUAAAAUGGUUUCAAAAAGAAGAUGCUGUAAUUGUGAAGAUAAGGCUAAGAAAUGUAAAAGAUCAGAAAUGUAAAUUUUUUAGAGAAAGGGUGGUUUUCAGUGCUUGGGUAGGAGAUAAAUUUUACUUGGCUGAUAUGGAUCUACAUGCGAGUAUAUUAAAAGAAGAAUCUAAGUGUCUAAUUAAGAAUGAAGAACCUGUAGUCACUCUUGUAAAAGAGAAAAAGGAAUCUUGGCAUAAUUUACUCAAGAAAAGGAAUCCUAAUGUGUCUUUCGAUUUUGAUCACUGGGAGGAAUGUGAAGAUAUAAGCCCUUUUUCUAAUGUUGUGUGCUCUAGAAAGGUACUCAACACUGGUAUGCUGAUAAAUGAAGAUACGGAUGAUUCUUCUGAGGGCAGUGAAACUGAGAGUGAAUAGCAUGCAAAUUAAAUUCUUACUGGAAGACUUUUACAGAGCCAUGUCUUUCACCGCACCUGAAAGUUGAGAAGAUAUACUUGGACGCAUCUGAGCCUUUUCUUUUCCAAGGAAGAAAAAUCAUAUUGUUUGUAAAAAUAGUCAUUUCAUUUAUUAAUGUUAAGAAUUAUUAAGUUGAUAGUUCUUAGAGAGACCAAAAUGAAGGAAAUAGCAAGGGUUGGAGGGGGUGGGACAGGACACAAGAUACUUAAGGAAUAGUGCUAGAUAUUGGCUAACUGGUUGAAAAAUUACAUGUCCAGCUAAUAACGUACCUUCUGUUUUAUUCCUUCUCCUCUUCACUAUCAUUUAGCUAUGGCAAACUUUAAGUUUGACUGGUAGGUAGUAAGUUUUGAUUUCCUCCAAGUAGUAAAAUGAAGACUUUCAACCCAUUUAUUUUACUUCAGUUCUGUUAUAAAACAAAUGAUUUUCAAUUUUGUAUGAUUCACUGGCCUACUUAAAUUAUUGAAAUUUAUAAUUUUGUUCUAAUGAGUAGGCUUUCACCUCAUAAAAUUAUACUUUAAUCUGGUUUAUUGAUCCCAUUAUUUCCUUAUUAAUUAGGCUUUAGGGAUAUUGGCAUUAAUAUGCAUAUACAAAACAGUUUAAUGGUCUUUAACUGACUUCUUUUUCUGGUAGUAGAUUUUUGUGAACACUAACUUCACUCUUUGUGAAGAAGAGGUAUAACUAAUAACUUAGACAUCAUUCAUUUUUAAUUGAUGUCUAGUACACUGGGAAAACUGGAUUGACCUAAAGUUGUCUCCAGACUGUUUUUAAAAGGAAUGUAUUUGGUCCUAAAGUGAAGAUUUCUCUGAAUGCAAAAGCUACAGCUUCCAAAUAACCCUUUGUAUCACUCAGGUCUGUGAUCUCAUGUGUGGGGCUCCAUGCAUUUAUAUAUCACAGAGUAACUCCAACAGGGGAAACAAAGAAAUAUUGCUGAAAUUGCAAAGGUUGACUGAUUUUAGCCCUUAGGAAGUUUACAUUUCACAGAAACCAGGAAUGUCAGAAUUUUCUUGACCAGUUGUCAAGAUUGAAGUUAUCAAGAUUACGUAUUUUGUUGAAAGCACAUGUAGAACUCAUACUUAGGAUGCACAUACAUCACAGCCUUUCUUUUCAAGCUUUACAAUUUCCAUUAAUUGGAAUUACCAAAUUUUCUUGCUUAAAUGUCUUUGUAUUCAUUAAUAUGUCCUUAUUUGAACAUUUAGGGGGAUAAUAGAUUUUUUUAAAUUGAAGACAUUUAAAAUUAUAAGGUAGAUGUGACAACGAAUGGUGCAUUUAACUAGUAAGAAUACGCUAGUAGUCCUAGAUGGUAUUUGAGCAUUCUCCUUUUUGUUUAGCAAAAAGAAAGGGAAAAGGUCCCGUCUUCAUGAAAUUUGGUAUGUAUAUACAUACACACACACAUAUAUACAUAUGCAUUAUAGAUAUUUGGUUUUGUAUAUACAUGUGUGUAUAUACAUACACACAUACAUAUAUACAUAAUACACACACCAAAUUUCAUGAGGACGGGACUUUUUGCCUUUUUUUUUUCUAAACAAAAAGGAGAAUGCUCAAAUACCAUCUAGGACUACUAGUGUAUUCUCUGUGUGUGUGUGUGUGUAUGUAUGUAUAUAUUAUAUAUAGAUACAUAUAUACGCAGUAUAUUAUAUAUUAUACAUAUACACACAUAUAUAUGUACAUUUGACAAAAAUCAAACCUCUUCCAUUCAACUAUUCUGUGAAAUGGAGUAAAAUUAAACUUGGGUCUCAGUUUUCUCAUCUGUAAAAUGGGCUACUUAUGAAGAGAGAAUCUCAGGGGGACAAUCGCAGCACCAUUUUAAGGGACUAUUUCAAAGAGCAAAGUUAGGACAUUUUCCUCUAGUGAUGUUGUGUAUUGGGGAUGGAGCUGAGGGUCAGGGAGGCAGGUAUAUAUAAAAUUCAAAGUUAAGUUAGAUUUUCUUUUUCAAUGGUUGAAUUUAAACUAAGUAAAAGGCAUCAAUACCAUCAUGUACUUCCUCCAGUGUCUCUAAGUACUUUUCUGACUUCAAAAUAAUUUAUACAUAUACAACUUGUAUUUUCACCCAGUUACAAUAAGAAGCCCAUUACAACAUAAGCCUUGUUUAGUGAAUUCUCUUAUUAUGUACUCAGAGAUAACCCAGUAGUCUAUAGGAUUUCUUUGCUUUCUGUCUUUAGUUUAUCCCUUUUUGCUUGCCUGUUUUUGUUUUGUUCUUUUAUGAAACCUUUUUUGUAGCCAAUGAUAGAAUUCCCUAAAGGUGUUUAAUUCUAAAAAAUACAAAGCAAAUGGCUAGUUUAAGUUAUGGUGGCCUUUUGAAAAAAUAAUGUUAAGUUACUAGAAUUUGUUUUGUUUUGUUUUAAUUCAGACCUUUUUAAAGCCACCAAGUGGCUCAUUAGGAUUUUGAAUUAUAUAAUUUCAUUUUAAAAGAACGGAAUAUGAAAGUGCCAUUUUUGAUUUAGAACAUAUACUUUUGACAGAUUUAAGACUUGUAAAAUGUGAUGUUAGAACUUUUUUAUAAUGAAAACAAGGCUGCUCCAUUUCUGGUUCCACUAUAAAUAUCUUCUUGGGAAAAGAAUCCCACUAAUCUCUUAGAUGGUUUAAUGUGAUGAAUAACAUGCAGUUUUGUCUUAUGGCUUCUUAUGUCAGUUGCCUAUGGUCUUAGUCACUUCAUUGUAAUGGAAAGUGGGAAUA